CUAUCCAGCUCACCUGCUAGUAGCCUCGCUUCAGUUCCUCGCUAGCUCUAUAAAUUGGCCUCCCCCGACCUCGCAACUACUUCAUCAGUGCGAUCACGUAACAGAGCUGCCCGAUCAGAGCUCACCGUUGACGACGACUGUGUGCGACCAGAGGCAGUGACAGAGCAAUGGGCGCUGCUACCGUGGCCGCCUCCUCGUCUCGGCCCAUGGCUGUUGCUGCUGCUAUCGCCUUGUUGGCGGCAGCUUCGUUCCUGGCGGCGGCGGCGGCGCCCGUGCCGGCGAUCUACGUGCUCGGCGACUCCCUCGCGGACGUCGGGAACAACAACCACCUGCCGACGAUCCUCAGGGCCGACUUCCCGCACAACGGCAUCGACUUCCCGGGGAGGAAGGCCACCGGCAGGUUCAGCAACGGCAAGAACUCCGUCGACUUCCUCGCCGACAACCUUGGGCUGGCGAGCCCGCCGCCAUACCUCGCCCUGUCCAAGAGCAGCAACGCCAACUACGCGAACGGCGUCAACUUCGCUUCCGGUGGUGCCGGCGUCCUCAACUCCACCAACAAGGACCAAUGCAUCAGCUUCGACAAGCAGAUCGACUACAUCUCGUCGGUGUCGGCGUCCCUGGCGCAGAGCCUGGGCCAGGCGCAGGCUGCGGCGCACCUGUCCAAGUCCCUCUUCGCCAUCACCAUCGGCAGCAACGACAUCAUCCACUACGCCAGGUCCAGCUCCAGCUCCGCAGCCACGGCCGGCGGCGCCGGCGACCCGUCGCAGCAGUUCGUGGACGCCCUGAUCCAGGCGCUCACGGGCCAGCUGCAGCGGCUCUACGACCUGGGCGCGCGCAAGCUGGUGUUCCUCGGCACGGGGCCCGUCGGCUGCUGCCCGUCGCUGCGGGAGCUGAGCGCCUCCAAGGACUGCAGCGCCGUGGCCAACGGCGUCUCCGUCCGGUACAACGCCGCAGCGGCGUCGCUCCUGGGCGGCAUGGUGGCGCGCCACCCGGACAUGCACUACGCGCUCUUCGACUCCUCGGCGGCGCUGCUCCGGUUCAUCGACCAGCCGGCGGCGUACGGGUUCGCCGAGGCCAGGGCGGCGUGCUGCGGGCUCGGCGACAUGAACGCCAAGAUCGGGUGCACGCCGCUGAGCUUCUACUGCGCCAACAGGACCAGCCACGUCUUCUGGGACUUCUACCAUCCCACCGAGACCACAGCCCGGAAGCUCACCAGCACGGCGUUCGACGGGGCGGCGCCGCUCAUCUUCCCCAUCAACAUCAGGCAGCUCAGUGCUCUGUAGGCCUGAGCUGUGGUGUUGUGUAUAGACUCUAUUGUGGUGAUAGAAGAAAC